ACCUGCAAAUUCAAUUCUUGAGCACAUUCUACAAGACUGAGUCAUCAGAAUGGCUGCUUUAGGGUUGGAGAUACUAGGAGUCACACUUGCCAUGAUAGGCUGGAUUGUGGGCAUCGUGUCCUGUGCUUUGCCUAUGUGGAAGGUUACAGCUUUCAUCGGGGUGAAUAUUGUAACAGCACAGACCAUAUGGGAAGGAAUCUGGAUGAACUGUGUGGUCCAGAGCACCGGACAGAUGCAAUGUAAAGUCUAUGACUCGAUGCUGGCGCUCAGCUCAGACUUACAGGCAGCUCGGGCUCUCUGUGUGAUCGCCAUUGUGAUGGGCGUGCUCGGGCUCCUGCUCGCCAUGGUUGGGGCCAAGUGCACUAAAUGUGUCGAAGAGGAGCGCAUCAAACCCCGAGUUAUGAUCACCGCCGGGGUCACCUUCAUUUGUGCGGCAGUCAUGCUCUUGAUCCCUGUAUGUUGGUCUGCUCACAGUAUCAUCAGUGACUUCUACAACCCCAUAAUCAUCGAGCCUCAGAAAAGGGAAAUAGAAGUCAUGUCUUUAGGGUUGGAGCUUAUCGGUAUUGUGUUAUGUGUGCUGGGCUGGCUCUUAGCCAUCGUGGCUUGCACUCUGCCCAUGUGGAGGGUCACAGCCUUCAUUGGCUCCAACAUUGUGACGGCUCAGAUCAUCUGGGACGGUUUGUGGAUGUCCUGCGUGGUCCAGAGCACCGGACAGAUGCAGUGCAAAGUCUACGACUCCAUGCUGGCUCUCUCUCAGGAUCUUCAGGCAGCUCGAGCCCUUACUGUCAUCUCCAUCCUUCUCACCAUCCUGGCUGUGCUGGUGUCCAUCGGAGGAGCGAAGUGCACCAACUGUAUCGAGGAUGAGUCUUCCAAAGCGAAAGUCAUGAUUCUAGGUGGAGUGCUUUUCAUUGUGGCAGGGCUGAUGCAGCUCAUUCCUGUGUCCUGGUCUGCCAACAGCAUCAUCAGGGACUUCUACAACCCUUUGCUGCCUGAUGCCCAGAGAAGGGAGCUUGGAGCUGCACUAUACAUCGGCUGGGCAGCAGCUGCACUCUUGAUCAUGGGUGGUUCUUUGCUCUGUUGCUCCUGCCCUCCGCAGGACAAAAAACACAACCCGUCUAGAAUGCUGUACCCGACGUCUCGCUCCACAGCUGGUGGUGGGUAUGACAGAAAAGACUAUGUAUGAAAUAAAAGGAGAACUCUGAAUUCAAAGUUGCAGUGUUCAAUAUGGGGCUUCAUUUUCCAGAAGAGGGAAAACAUGCCACAUAGACUGCA